AUGUGGCUCAAUUCCAGUCCGGAUAAGAUCGUGUUCGUGGGCGAUAUCUCUUUCGAUAACUAUGUGUCCCAGACGCGUGAUUGGGACUACAGUGGCAAGUACUCAGCUACUGGUGCCUUUCCCAACAUGCUGGCCAACCGCAUCCACUACGUUUUCAACCUCAAAGGCCCGAGUCUGUUGAUCAACAGUGCAUGCACCUCGGCCAUGUAUGCGCUUCACCUGGCUAUAACCUCGAUUCGCAACGGGGAUUGUAAUUCGGCUAUUGUAGCCGGCUUCAACUGGGUUAUGGACCCCAACUACCAUAUUGCGAUGGGCAAGCUGGAGGCCCUGUCACCAUCCUCCAGAAGUCACACUAUCGAUGCAUCGGCAGAUGGGUAUGCACGCGGCGAAAGGUUUGCAGCACUUCCUUUGAAAUCGGCUUCGCUUGCAACCCAAGAUGCGUCUCCAAUCCGUGCCCUAAUUAGAGGCAGUGCAGUGAAUGCCAACGGGCAUACGAGUGGUAUUACCAACCCCAGCCAUGCAAGCUGCGCAUUCUGA